UCUCUAUUGAAUGGAUCUCCGUUCUGGGCCCAAAGCUCUUUAACCGAGCCACGGUGAACAGAACCUUCAGGUCGGAACCAGCAGAGGAGAAAACAAGUCUUAGGGCGGAGACGCACCUGAGGAGGAGGAGGAGGAGGAGGUUCAUUAGGAUACGGGGGGGGGGGCGUAUGGUUCUGGUUCUGGUCGCGGUUGCAGCAGCUCGACUCAUGACGUCUCUCAGACUUUUUCUUGACUUUAAAUCAGUUAAAUGACGUCAGAACCAGCAUCCCGCCACUUUGGUUCAACAUCUCUGUGAUCGAACUUUCCCGGUUGGGCUCGGACAUGGACCUUCCGGCCUCCGGACGCUCCAGGUUUCUCAUCGACUCGCUGCUGGCGCUCAGGCCGCCCGCAGCGCUCCUCUCCCGGCCAAACCCUCCGGAGCUCCCCGGCGGCUUCCCGGAGCCUCCGUCCCCGCAGAGGGAGCCUGUUCCCCGCAGGGAAAGCCCGGCGCUGCCCGGUCCGGCACACCGGCACCGCUGCCUCGGCGCCUCCUUCCUGAUCCGGGACAUCCUGGCGGACUGCCGGUUCUGUUCUGACCCGGGGCAUCCCGAACCGGGAGCCGAACCGAUCCGACCUGGACCGGCGGAAAACAGCGCAGCCCACGCUGGGCCGGAACCGGGACUCCUGAAGAAAGUCCGGAAGGCCCGAACGGCGUUCAGCGAGCAGCAGCUGACCCAGCUGGAGAGGAGCUUCCAGAACCGGAAGUACCUGAGCGUCCAGGACCGGAUGGCGCUGGCGGCGUCCCUGCAGCUCAGCGACACGCAGGUCAAGACCUGGUACCAGAACCGCAGAACCAAGUGGAAGCGCCAGGCCGCUUCCGGUUUGGACCUCCUGGCUGCGGCUGGGCGGCUGCUCCUCCCGCCUCACUUCCUGUGUCCUCUGACCCCCGUGGCCCCGCCCACGAUGGACCCGCACCUGCAUGGAGGCCACACCCACCGACCUUUGGUCCUCCGUCGGUUUCAGAACCUGACCCGGUCUCUGAAACCGGACCGGGCGGCCUGGACGCCGUGAUGUCACCGCAGCGUCCUUCCGUUUCCAUGGAACCCGAGGGCGUGGUUCUGGAACUGCAGCGGUUCCGUCAGGUCAAAGGUGAAAGAAAGCUGCUCUCCAAUUGGACAGAAAUCUCUCGUCUAGAAGCAGAACCAGAGUCUGUGGAUCUGCAGCCUGAAGGUCCAAAAGAUUCUGUGCUGAAGCUCUGGGUUUGUUCUGGUUCUGUGGAACCAAACGGACCAUCAGAACUCCUGGACCCUGACCAGUCAGAUCCAAACCGCCUGGAGGCCCUGUUCUGCUCCGGUUCUGAUCCGGUUCUGACCCGGUUCCUCCCCUCUGGUUCUCCAGAACCGGUCCGGGUCUGAAAUGUGUUUGAUGCAGAAAUAAAAUCCUGAAACUUU